UCUGCACCCUGUUUUGCAGACUGUGUGGACAUUAUCUCCAACAUCAGAUCGAUGAAGAUCCUGAAGCGAGCAGGAAGUCCCAAAGGCAUGUGGAUCCGAGACCCUCGGUCAUCUAAAGUGUACGUCUUCAAUGGGACAGCGGGAGACUUCAUUUAUCAGUUUGACUCGGUGCUGGACUUCUCCAGCUCUCUCGGACUUCACAGCCGCAGACGGAUCAGGCUUCCACAUCAGUGGGUGGGUCCCGCCAGUGCUGUUCAUAACGGAUACUUAUACUUUAUAAUGCAAGAAGCUGACACGGACAUGCAGGUGGUCAAAUAUGACCUGCUGAGUGGUUCAGUGGUGGAAACCACUAUGUUCCCUGUGGAAGAGCGUGCUGCAGUCUACACCCUGAACCCAGAGACUGCUGCAGACCUGGCAGCAGACGACGAGGGUCUGUGGCUUCUGUAUGCCGGCAGUGACAGUGAACCAUAUAUUAACCUUGCAAAGAUGGACCCUGCCACUCUGGAUAUAGAGCAAAUCUGGGACACCCAUUGCCCGCGGGACAACGCAGAGGUGGCUUUCAUCAUCUGUGGGACUGUUUAUGUGGUUUACAACACACGCCCGGCCAGCCGCUCCCGGGUUCAGUGUCUGUUUGACGUCAACGAGAUGGUGAUGAGUGAGGAAGCUCCUCUGGUCUACUUCCCCAGGAGGUAUGGCGCUCACGCCAGUCUGAAAUACAACCCUGAGGACAAACAGCUCUACGCCUGGGACGACGGCUACCAGAUCCUUUACCGGCUGACAAUGAAGAGGAAAGUCUUCAUGUAAUUUCAAAUGCAAAGCCUCAAAAAACAACGCAGAGUAGCAGUUACAUACUGUAACACCCAUAGCCUUGGGAUAGUUGGGUUUUUGUAGGCUUUAAAUAUUUUGUGAGUAAAACAUCUGAAUCAUAGUGGUGCUGGAUGUAAGCAGACAUAACUUGCACUAAAGUAUUUAUUGUAAUAAAGCUAGCUGCAUACUCCAUCAUUUGUCUGUUGAUCCAGCUUGGUAGAAGCUCCAUAACAUCACUGCUUUUGAUUAGUGGCUCAAACCUGCAGUGCCCCCAUGGGAAGGAUCAACAAGACAAUUGUGGCAUUUUUCAUCAUGCUUAUGAUCCAUUUUUCAUUGUUGUUGAUGUUUUGUUUGCAUU